AUGGGCUCUUGGUGUCAGGUGUCAGCACACACUAGCUGUGGAGUGACAACAUGGCUUAGAAAUAGCAGCAGGGCUUCUAUAAAAGACAUAGACGGGCAUGGUCCCAGACACAAACAGCAGAGACCACCAGACCAUCACCACAGAGGCAAGAGAGAGGAGUACCAUCACAGAGUACCUGGGCUAGCAACUACAGACAGACAGAUAGUCCAGAGAGAAGAAGCCUGAACACAGAGAUACCAAGACAGACGGACAGACAGAGGAGUCUGAGAAACUAACGGAGGUGAUUAAACCGAUAGAAGGACAGAACUUCACCCACACAGAACAGUGA